AUGUGCUCUGCAGCAGAAACAAACAGCAUCCCAUGCGCUUUCCCGCAGCAAAUCUGGGUGCAGAUCCAUUCCUCCCUGGCACUUCCUGUGGAGAUCAGGACAAUAGCUGGGUCGAGCAAGAUCGGCUUCACCAGGCGAGAUGCACCCAUCCCCAAACAUCGCAUUUGGACCUAUCGCCUUACGUGUCCCCCAUGCUUCUCCCCACCGUCUCUCACACACCUCCCCACGCACACGCCCACGCUUCCCCUCACCGUCGCCCACGCUUUCCCCCAUCGUCGCUCACGCUUCCCCUUACCUCCGCUCACGCUUCCUCCUGCCUUCCCCCACGCUUCCCCACACCGUCGCUCACGCCUUCCCCCACCUUCCCUCACGAUUCCCCUCUCAUCGCCCACGGUUCCUCCUACCGUCGCCCACGCUUCCUCCCACCGUCACCCACACUUCCCCCCACCGUCACCCACGCUUCCCCCCGCCGUCGCCCAAGCUUCCCCCCACCGUCGCCCAAGCUUCCCCCCACCGUCGCCCACGCUUCCCCCCACCGUCGCCCACGCUUCCCCCCAUUGUCGCCCACACUUCCCCCCACCAUCGCCCACGCUUCCCCCCACCGUCACCCACGCUUCCCCCCACCGUCGCCCACGCUUCCCCCCACCGUCGCCCACGCUUCCCCCCACCGUCGCCCACCGCCACCGUCGCCCACCCCCACUGCCGCCCACGCUUGCCCUCCCAUCGCCCUCGGUUAGACUUCCCGCCGACCUCCCUUCUCUCCCACCUCUCUCCACGUCGUCAUCACUCCCCUGCCCAUCACGUUCCCCCUAUUCACCAUCGCGUCUCCACCCAUGCCGCCCACCCUCUCAUCCCUUCCCAUCGCAUUUAGGGUCGUCGUUGUAUCCCUUCCAAAUUGCCUCGUUAGCCUCACCCACCCUGGGCGGGGAGGUAUGGCGAGCUGGGCUGGGAGCUGGGGAAGGGGUCGUGACUCGUUCGCUGUGGGGUGUGGAAGGGUGCGUGGUCAGCAGCACCCACCCUUCUCUCUCUUGCACUGACCUCCUCUCCUCUCUCGCACCAACCCCACACGCAAGGCAGGUGGUGGUGCGGCUUUGGAGCAGAGUAUUUGGCGCACAGCCAGGGCAGCGCGUGCAGGCGGGCAGCAAGGAGUGCAGUGCUGCAGGGGGCGGUCGUCCUCCUCUCCCUCUCCCUUCCUCCCUUCCUCCAUCUCUCUGCCUCACUACCCUCUUUACCCUCUCUGUUGCCCGUCCUCCCUUCCUCCCAUCCUUCUUUCCUGCCAUUCUUCCUCUCCUCAUCCUCCCUCGAUCCAGUCCCCCUUCCCCUUUCCAUCUCCCACUCUCCCGCUCCCUUCCUCACGCCAACCCUGCUCCUCCGUUCCACCCUUCUACCUUCCCCCUUGUACCCAGCCGCACUUUUUCCUCUCAUCCGCCCAUCAUCUCAUCCGCCCAUCCUCUCAUCCACCCAUCAUCUCAUCCGCCCAUCCUCUCACCGUCGCCCACGCUUCUGCCUUAG